CUCGCUACCCCCUACCCUCUCUCUCCCUCCCUCCCUCCCUCACUCUCUCCUCCCCUCUCUCUGUCCCUCUCUUUUUUUCCAACUCUCACUGUUUUUUGUUCAGUGACCAGCACCAAAAAUCCUCUGUCACCGGUCUCCCCCACUUCACACACAUCACACACACACUUUUUUUCCCCGUGCUUAUUUCACACCCUGCGUUCAGCUGGACCUUGUCUCCCUCUGCGGCCUGCUGCAGCAUCCUUCACGCUGGAUCUGGGAUGAGUGGACUUCUCACUGGACUUUUGAGGAACUCCGCUAGACAGGGUAGAGUGCUCAGAGCCUGAGGGCUUGCAGGACUCUGUAUGCUGUAGGUUUGGACUCCAGCUACUUUCCAGACUCUCCUUCAGUGUGUGAGUGUGUGUGGGUGUUUGAGUGUGUGUGUGUAUGUGUAUGUGUGUGUGUGCGUGAGAGAAAGAGAGAGAGAGGUCCUUCUGUGACUGCGUAUGGGACUGGAGAGUGAGUAUGGACUUCGGGACCUCAGUGUUGCUGAUCCUGCUGUUUUGGCUGGGCACCGGCAGUUGUGCGGCUGAAAUAGAUUGGACUUACUCAGGUCAAAUGGGUCAGCCGCAGUGGUCAGAGUUCUUCCCUGACUGCGGAGGGUCGGGUCAGUCCCCCAUCAACAUGGACUCUGCCCAGACCAAGUACGAGCCAAGGUUGGCAGUGGUCAGGCCUCUGGGAUACAGCCAGCAUGGCAACGAGCCCUUCACCCUCUCCAACAACGGCCACACGGUGAUAAUGCCUCUACCCAACUGGAUGGGCAUAGGAGGGUUGCCAUGGCAAUUCAGCGCUGUCCAGCUCCACCUGCACUGGGGCAACGGGGGAAGUGUGGCCACAGGGAGUGAACACACCAUCAACGGACGCAGCACUGCAGCCGAGCUCCAUAUAGUCCACUACAACUCGGAGUUGUAUGAGAAUGUUUCCAUGGCGAUGACUCAAAGAGAUGGUCUGGCAGUUCUGGGAAUUCUCAUUGAGGUGGGUGAGGAAACGAACCAGGCAUAUGCCAACAUCAUCAACUACCUGAGCAGAAUAAGGCAUGCAGGGCAGAAAGUCACCAUUCCUGCGUUUGACAUCCAGACCCUGCUGCCAAAGGACCUGCGGAGCUACUACCGCUACAACGGCUCUCUGACCACCCCACCCUGCUACCAGAGCGUCCUCUGGACUGUCUUCCAGGAGACCAUCAAACUGUCCAUGACACAGCUGGUCAAGCUGGAGACUCUCCUGUACACCAGUGAAGAGGGGGACUCCCAGCCUUCAGUGCUCCAGGAUAACUACCGCGCCACCCAGCCUCUCAACCAGAGGGUCGUCCUCGCCUCCUUCCAACACAGAGGAGUCAAAGUUUACACUGCAGGUGAAAUUUCAGCGAUAGUGAUGGGAUCGUUGUGUGGAUGUGUAGGCCUCGCAGUGAUAAUCCGGUUCAUAGUAAAGACCAUACGCUCCACGUCUAGCUGGGACGUCCUCCCCAGUGUCAGGCCAGCGCCCCAGUCCAGAAGUAAAGACAUGGGGAAGGCACUAAAGCAAGACAUGGCUUUAAAGACGACCGCUGAGUCCGGCAAACCGGCAGAGCCCGCUCAGUCGGAACCUUGAACUUUGACCCUUGACAUUAACCACAUCCUUCAUGCUCUGUGCAUGAUCCAGAGCUGACUCUUCCCUCCCUCUUCUGCCUCCUUUCACUUCCUCUUAUCUCUUCAUCCUCCUGUUACCACCACCCCUCCAUUUCUCUCUCGAUUUCUAUCAUUCUUGUCAAUUCCUUCCUGUCAAUAUAUAUAUUCCGCCCACCUCAUCUAUCUAUCUCUCUUCUCUCUCUCUUUACUUUUUCUCUCCCUAUCCCCUUGCCCCCAUAUAC